CCGAGAGCGGCCAAGCGAAUCGACGCGCGCUCGCCCUAAGACGAGCUUGCGGACACCCUAGACGGUCGUUUGACUACCCCAUCGCUGUGAAAAGCGAGCGCUGCUGAAGAGAACGCGCAGCAGCGCGCGAAACCGUCCAGAGGCGCCAUUUUACAGAAACGCGCGCGCGCGGGACGCGCAGCGCGAGAUCAGCCGUGCUUCGGACAGCGUAGCACAAGCCAACGACGAUGGACGAGACCCAAGCCCUAAGCGACGACGACGAGCACGAGGCCGCGAAGUUGCUCCUGGACGACCAGAACGAGGUCCAGUGCCGGUUAGUUUUAGUGUCCGACGAACCCAAUGUACCUAAAGAGCUACUACUAUCGUCGGGAGAGAACCACAUCGGCCGGGCAGAAAGUGGAUGGGAUCAAGGAGCCCCUUACCACCGCAUCGACCACGACAAGGUCUCGCGGAGGCAUGCUAUUAUUGAGCCGGACCCCAAAGCCCAGGAGUUAUUCGUGAGAGAUCAGAACUCGCGCUGCGGGACGACGGUCACGUUACAAGUCGGGUGGCAGCCCAUCAAAUCAAAAAAAAAGGACCGACCGGUGAUGGUACCCGCCACCGGUACCGUAAGCUUCGGUCCCCUCAAGUACAAGCCGACCUGGGGCUCGACGGAGGCCGUGACGCAGGCCUACGACGAGCCCGAGACCCAGGCCUACCGGAGAGCGUCUACUACUCCACCAGGAAGCCCACCGGCGACGCCUCGGAGCGCCGUCGCGCCCGUGCCCGCCACGCCCGCCGCUUCCAGUGGUGAUACGGUGACCACCGCUUCGGGGAGAGUGGCCACGGUGCUGGAGCGAAGGUCGAACGACAUGCUCUACGUCGAGCUCGACGGCAACGCGAACGGUGAGGGCGCGGCCUUCGAGCGGAAGAACAUAAGGGCAUCCACAGUAACGCGCGGCGACCCUCCCGAGGGGGAGACGCAAGGGUCUGAUGCUACCGGAUUUCUGCGCGCGACGCCGGACCUGCACACGCAGGGCACGGACGCCUCGGGCUUCCUGCCCUCGCCUGGUGGCGGGGGCUUCGACUACGGCUCGCCCGAGAACGACGAGACGCAGCUCGACGAGAUGCCGGCGGUCCGUGACGCGGCGUCUUUUUUUGAACGUCGAGCCAUGGCGUCUCGCGACGGCGUCGAUCAACACAGGUGCCCGAGGGCGACGAGACGCAACUAGAAGAGGAGCCAGCUGCGCCGGCCGGCGACGAGACGCAGCUCGAGCCCGCGCCGCCGCUGGCGACGCUGACGCAACUGGAACCGGUCGCCGAAGAGGAGGAGCCGGACGGUACAGAGAUAGAGGAGAACGACGAGACGCAGCUCGAGGCGCCGCCGCCUCCACCAAAUGAUGAUGAUGACGAAUUAAGGUUCGAGGAGGCCGACGACGACGACGAUAACAGUGAAGCGGCGCCGGACGCCGAGACGCAGCUCGACGCGCCGCCACCUCAGGAGGCGCUGCCGCCGCCCGUGGCGCCGGAGCACGCGUCGCCGUCCGUGCUCGACGGCGCGGCGCGCAUCGCGCAAGCCCAGGCGCCGGACCUCGCGUCGCCGGCGCCGCGGCGCCGCGGCUCUCAGUCAAACGAGGGGCCGCCGUCCGCGCCGGGCAAGGGCGCGGCGCGCGAGCUCUUCUCCUUCGAGGACGACCAAGCGGAGGCGCCGGCGCCGGCGCCCGCCGACGACGAGGGGCCCAUCGCCGACGACCGCACGGCCGACGGCGUCUUCGCGGAGUCCGGGGGCGAGGAGGAAGCGGUCGUUGAAGAGGAGGUUGUUGAGGAGCUGCGCGUCGGCGGCGGCGCCGUGGACAAGGAGACGGGCCAGGCGUUUCAUGUGAUAGGCAAGACCAAGGGCUGGUGGACGGUCCAGGCGCCGGGCGCGGCCAAACCCCUGUCGCGGCGGGCCUCGUCGCUGACGCCCUGCGCGCCGCCGCCCGAGGACGACGACGACGACGCCGCCGACGCGAACGCGGAGACGCAGCUCGGCGGCGGCGCGCCGGCCGACGACGCCGAGACGCAGCUCGACGCGCCCCCGCCGGCGGCCGCGGACGCGGAGACGCAGCUCGACGCGGUGGCGGAGGAGGAGGAGGAGGAGGAGGACGCGGCGCCCGCGGACGACGACGAGGACGAGGCGCCGCCGCCGCCGGCGGACGACGACGACGAGGAGGACGCCGCCCCCGCGCCGCCGCCGCCCUCGCCGGCCAGCCAAGACGUCGACGCGCUCAUCGCGCGCAACGCGCCCAUCGCGCGCACGGAGAAGCCGCGGGGCGGGCGCGGGCGGCCCGCGAGCAUCGAGGCGGCGACGACGGCGCGCGAGUACUUGGAGGGCGGCGGCAAGAAGGGGGACCUCAAGUACGACCUCAAGGGCGGCUUCUUCCGCGUCGGCGAGGCGACUGAGGACGCCGUGUCGACCACUCAGCCGCCGGCGUCGCCCGCCGAGGAGGCGCCGGCGCCGAAGAAGAAGCGCGGGCGGCCCCCGAAGUCGCCCGCUGCAUCCCAGGAGGACGAGCCGGCGUCGCCCGCCGCCGAGGAGGCGCCGGCGCCGAAGAAGAAGCGCGGGCGGCCCCCGAAGUCGCCCGCGGCCGAGGAGGACGCCGCGCCGGCGUCGCCCGCCGAGGAGGCGCCGGCGCCGAAGAAGAAGCGCGGGCGGCCCCCGAAGUCGCCCGACGCGCCGCCGCCGCCGCCGAGCCCCGACGCCGCCGACGAGGAGGAGGAGGAAGCGGCCGCGCCGGCGCCGCCCAAGUCCAAGAAGCCGGCGAAGAAGGCGUCGAAGCCGCAGGCGCGGCGGCCGCGGCGCGCGGGGUCGCCCGUGUCGUACGCGGAGCCCUCGGGGCGGGACAAGAUGCGCCGGUCGACGUCCGGCGAGGCCCUCAUCGGCGGGCGCAGCGCGUCGAACAGCCCGCGCGCGGACGAGGACGAGGCCGCGGCGGCGCCGGCGUCGCCGACGGCCGCCGAGGGCCUGGCCGUGGGCGCCCGCGUCACCAUGGGCGGCGCGCCCGGUCGUAUCGAGGCGCUGCCGGAGCGGGGCUGGUGGAAGCUGCGCCUCGACGGCGAGGAGACGGUGCGGAGCGCGCGGCGCGACAAGUUCGAGCCGGCGUCGAGCCCGCCCGCCAAGGCGCCCCGGCGCGCCGCGGGCGGCGCGGCGGCGAGAGCUGCGACCGCAGAAGAGGCCGCGCCGUCGCCCGCGGCCGAGGACGCGGCGCCCGCGCCGAAGAAGCGCGGGCGGCCCCCGAAGUCGCCCGCGGCCGCCGACGAGGCCGAGGCGCCGGCCCCCAAAAAACGCGGGCGGCCGCCGAAGGCCAAGAAGCCGGCGGCGGCGGCCAAGACGCCCGCGGCUCCGGAGGAGGUCGAGGAGGCCGCGGAGGAGGCCGAGGCGCCGGCUCCCAAGAAGCGCGGGCGGAAAAAGGCGCCCGCGGCCCCGGAGGAGGCGGCCGCGGAGGCGCCGCCUCCCAAGAAGCGCGGCCGGCCGCCCAAGGCCGCCAAGGCCGCCGCGCCGGCGAAGAAGCCGGCGGCGGCCAAGGCGCCCGCGGCCGCGGAGCCCGAGGAGCGGGAGCAGGUGCGCACGGCCGGCGGCCGCGUCGCGACGAUCCUCGAGCGGCGCGCGCGCGGCUGGCUCUUCGUGGAGUUGGACGGCGACGCGAACGACGAGGGCGGCGCGGGCGAGCGGAAGUCGCUCCGCGCGAACACGACGACGCCGCUGGACGCGCCGGCAGCUCCCGAGGCCGAGGAGGAGGACGCGCCCGCGCCGGCGCCGGCGCCGAAGAAGGGCCGGAAGCCCGCCGCCGCGGCCGAGCCGCCGAAGAACCCCGCGGCGCCGCCGAAGAAGCGCGGCCGGCAGCCCAAGGCCGCCGCCGCUCCCGAGGAGGAGGAAGCACCGGCGCCGGCGCCCGCGCCGAAGAAGCCCGCGGCGCCGCCGAAGAAGCGCGGCCGCGCGCCCAAGGCCGCCGAGCCCGCGCCCGCGCCCGCACCACCGCCGAAGAAGCCCGCCGCGAAGAAGCGCAAGGCCGCUGAGCCUCCGGAGGCGCCCAAGGAACCCGCGACGAAGGCGAAGCAGCGCAAGGCCGAGCCCGAGACCACCAUGCAGCCGCCCGACGACUCGGUACGCAUUGUCUUCACGAACUACGAGCCGUCGAUCUCGGAGCGCGGUAUCUUAAAACUGCUUGGCUUCAGCGAGGUCGGUGCGCGGGACGCGACGCACGUCAUCACGAAGGCGCCCCUCAAGCGGACGCCGAAGCUCAUGAUCGGGUUAUCUACGGCGUCUUAUGUGGUGACGGGCGAGUGGCUCGGGGCUUGUUUGGCCUCGGACGGCCGGGCCGACGAGAAGCCAUUUUUAGUGAAGGAUAGAGCCAAGGAGCAGCUCUGGGGCUUCAAUCUUGCGAGGUCGUUAGCUCAAAAUCCCUCCGUCAAAGUAUUGUCGGGUUAUGCGGUCGCUUUGGCGCCCGGCGCCCGCGACGCCUCGAUGAUGCUCCCGUCCGAUUCGGAGCUGCAGGACAUCGUCGAGUGCGCGGGCGGCCGGUGGCUGUCUACUGUUCCCAGAGGUUCGUCCGAGGAACUGUGGCCGCGCGGGGUGUUGGUCAUUGGGUGCAAAGAAUUAGUCGAAGGGUCCGAUAGGAUCGCGACGCGGUGCAUCGGCGCUCUGUCGAAGCUCGAUGCGGGUGUGUUAGCUGGAGUGGUAGAACCACCUACUCUAUACGGAGCGGUGCUGGCGAAGACGCUCGAUCUAUCAAGGCGGAACUGUCUGCAGCUGCCGGCGGCGUGCGCGCACGUCGUGCGGAGGGCCUAAGUAGAGCGCUCAUC